AUGGGGGAGUUUAUUGUCUCAAAAGCCAUCAAAUUUCAAAGCCUUGGGGAUCCCAGAGAGGUAAGGGAGUGAUAAGAGAUUCCAAAUAUAUUUGAAAGUAUUGUUUGUAUUUUACUGGUUAAUUUUAAAGUUUUAACAUAUAAAGGUUGUAAAAUAAGUAAAAACAAGGAUUAUACCUAUAUUAGUCUGUAAUACUACCAGUUUAGACUUUAUCGCUAACAACAGAAAAAGUAAAGACUUCGUUGGAUGAACGAGAAGUUCUGAUCAGAUGGAUUGCCAGCCCCGUGAAUCCGGCUGAUAUUAACAUAGCCAGAGGGGUGUACUUUUACAAAAGAUUACCUCCAGCGUCGCUUGGAAUCGAUGGCUUUGGAAUUGUUGAGAAAGUAAGACGCUGCAGUAAAAGUUAUUGCUCAGUUGAUUAGUUUACUACUUAUAUUUCUUUAUACUCUGCUGUCAUAAUAGCAUUAUAAUAUUGUCAUAAAUAAUACAAAAGUUUGUCACAAAGUCUCGUAAGUAAAAAAUAACAUUGUUUCCCAUUCAGGUAGGUCAGAAUGUGUCGUACGUGAAGCCAGGAGAUCAUGUCAUGCCGUUACAUCCUCACAUCCAAGGUGGUUACUGGCGAGAGUACCAAGUACUACUAGAUGAUGGUAUCUACAGACUGGACAAGAGAUUACCGUUGGAAGCGAAGGGUACAUUGACAGCCAACGCUGCUACUGCUUAUCUGAUGUUGAAGGAAUAUGUCAAACUGACAGAAGGCGACUAUGUGCUUCAGAAUGCAGCGAACUCACAGGUUGGCAGAGCUGUCAUCGAAAUAUGUAAAGGUAGGUCUGUUUUACUUUAAAACACACUUUUUGUAAGGCUCGAGCAGGGCCUGACCCCCUGUCGACACCAAAUUUUUUUUGCUUCAAAUUGCUUCAAACCUUCACCAAUGGGUAUUAAGGUACUCAUAAAUCGCUUAAACAGAAAAAUUGGGGCCAAUGAAGAAUCGUUACCCAGUGCAUUAUAGUUCCCAACGGUGCAUAACCGUUCCCCCAAUUAUUUAUUUUUAUAUUUUAACAUCUUCAAUUUAGAAAUAAACUUUGAGCGGUGGUGCGUUGGGGAGAGAUAGAUAGUAAAGGGUUAAGGAACAAUAGUAGAGCGUUGGGGAACGGUAGUAAAGCGUUGGGGAACGAUAGUAAAGCGUUGGGGAACGGUAGUAAAGCGUUGGGGAACAAUAGUAAAGCGUUGGGGAACGAUAGUAAAGCGUUGGGAAACGGUAGUAAAGCGUUGGGGAACGAUAGUAAAGCGUUGGGGAACGAUAGUAAAGCGUUGGGAAACGGUAGUAAAGCGUUGGGGAACGAUAGUAAAGCGUUGGGGAACGAUAGUAAAGCGUUGGGAAACGGUAGUAAAGCGUUGGGGAACGAUAGUAAAGCGUUGGAGAACGAUAGUAAAGCGUUGGGGAACAAUAGUAAAGCGUUGGGGAACGAUAGUAAAGCGUUGGGGAAUGAUAGUAAAGCGUUGGGGAAUGAUAGUAAAGCGUUGGGGAGUCAUAGUAAAGCGUUGGGGUAUGAUAGUAAAGCGUUGGGGAACGAUAGUAAAGCGUUGGGGAACGGUAGUAAAGCGUUUGCGAAUAAUAGUAAAUUGGAAUACGUAGUCAAUUACCUCGAAUACUGUGUUUUAUGGCGUAAAGUUCGGUGGCCAAAACCAGGAUCCUUGAGCCCAUUGUACGCCAUCUGUGUCGAGACCGAAAGGUUAGAGUUCGAAAAGUAGGUACCAUGACGAAUAGAGCGGGUUCAGCAAUCAGUACUUCCGUUUCGACAUCUCCACUACAACAACAUAUGAUAAAUAUAAACAACUAAUUUACCAUGUAUUUAUCGGCCAGUUUAGACUUUUUUGACAACUUCAUAAUCGACGAACAUUGCUGGCACGAAUAAGCCGGUGGGAGAAGAGAGUUGUCUAUUAUGGUCUGAAUAGCAGAAACUGGUUCCAUGCUGUACUAGUUUUUUGCGGUGAUUUGGUAUAUGCUUGCCCCUCUUGUACCGUGUUCCAUUUUUCGACCAUCCCAGACCAAAUUGAAAGAAAGAAUGAAAAGCCAUCAUGAAAAUGAAAAAAUGUGUGAAGCAAAAAUUUACAUAGGUUUAUUUAUUCUCACCGUGGGGAACGAUUAUGCCUUUAUGAGUGGGGAACGAUUCUUCGAUUUUGUGGGAACGAUUUUGCAUGAGCGCCGAAAAAUUUUUUUCAAAGAUACAGUAGUCAGGUGUACUGUAACUUCACUACAAUUUUUAUAUCUCUGGAACGAAUAACGCUAGAACGAUGCGGUUUUCACUAUAAUGUAGGGCAUACAAAAUAAUGUUAAUUUGUAGUUUACACCAAGUUUCUAUUUCUUUUGAAAGUUAUUUUACAAAAUGAAAAUGUAGCAAAAGUUACAGUAAUCCAAUCAUACCUCAAAACUGAAGCACCUAUGUAGUUCUUUUUUAUUGGUGAUUCUAAAACUGCAUUUUUUUGCGGUUUUAACGCACCUAAAAACGUUUCAAAAAAGUGUUGUUAUGGGGUGCAAAAGUGCAUUUGAAUUUUGCACAUCGCAAUUUUUUUUUCAAAAUUAAAAAAAAGUUUUUUUGACGUUGCAAAAAUGUAGUGCAUAAAAAACAACGUUACUUUGUACAUUACACCAAAUUUCUAUCUUGUCUACAAACAUUGCAUUUGAAGUUAACACAUUGCAAAAUUUUUUUUCAAAAAUUAAAAAAAUUUGUUUCGGCUUUGCAAAAAUGUUAAACAUAAAAAAUAACGUUACUUUGUACGUUACACCAAAUUUGUAUUUUGUCUACGAAUAUUUAAAAAUUUUAAUUUUCAUAAAAGUUACAGUAACUAGAAAUAUCUCAAAAUAAAAGCACUUUGUUCGCUUAUUUUUAUUUGUUAUUAUUACUGCAUUUUCGUGCGGUUCGAGUGCACAUAAACACGAUGCACAAAAGUGUCGAAAUGGGGUGCAAAAGUGCAUUUGAAGUUUGCACACUGCAAAAAAUUUUUUUUCAAAAACAAGAGAUUAUUCUCAAAACCCUUGAAAACUAUAAUUUGAUAAUUUUCUACAUUUUUGCAAAGUCGAAACAAUUUUUUUUUAAUUUUUGAAAAAAAAAAUUUUUCAAUGUGCCAACUUCAAAUGCAAUGUUUGUAGUCAAGAUAGAAAUUUGGUGUAAUGUACAAAGUAACGUUUUUUUUUAUACACUACAUUUUUUGCAACGUCAAAAAAAACUUUUUUUUAAUUUUUUGAAAAAAAAAUUGCGAUGUGCAAAAUUCAAAUGCACUUUUGCACCCCAUAACAACACUUUUUUGAAACGUUUUUAGGUGCGUUAAAACCGCAAAAAAAUGCAGUUUUAGAAUCACCAAUAAAAAAGAACUACAUAGGUGCUUCAGUUUUGAGGUAUGAUUGGAUUACUGUAACUUUUGCUACAUUUUCAUUUUGUAAAAUAACUUUCAAAAGAAAUAGAAACUUGGUGUAAACUACAAAUUAACAUUAUUUUGUAUGCUCUACAUUAUAGUGAAAACCGCAUCGUUCUAGCGUUAUUCGUUCCAGAGAUAUAAAAAUUGUAGUGAAGUUACAGUACACCUGGCUACUGUAACUUUGAAAAAAUUUUUCUGUUUAAACAAUUUAUGAGUACCUUAAUACCCAUUGGUGAAGGUUUGAAGCAAUUUGAAGCAAAAAAAAUUUUGGUGUCGACAGGGGUGCUCGACCAUUAUAAAAAGGGUGUUUUAACAAGGAAGGUACCCGACCUGCAACGCUCAGAUUUCGGUCAAACUUUUUUUAUUGAAAGGUCACGUAAAUGUAAGAUGUUAUGCAAAAUUCUAAGUUGCGGUUUGCGGCCAGUCUUGAGAAAAUCGAGAUCGAAAAAUCGCGUUUUGAAUUUCCCGCCAAAUUGGCAUUGUGUUUCAAGCUUAUAACUUUGCCAUUUUUUGACUUUUAAUCAUUUUUCUUUAAUAUGCUAGUAAAAAACCUUUAAAUGAACCUACAUUUUUAAAUUUGUAUGUUUAUCUUGGCUGGAAAGUCGAAAAAAGUGCUUGAAACACAAUGCCAAAUUUGCCAAAUUGGCGGGAAAUUUAAAUAUUUAAAAUUUAAAACUCAAAAGCGCAAGCUAAAAUUUUUCAUAGGUACUAUUGGUACUACAAAGAAUCCGUAUAAAAAUUUUGAGCUGAUUCUGAGAGUUGCAGGUUGGGUACUUUCCCUGUAAGUUUGAUAACCAUUGUGAAAAGAAGGUUUAUAGUGAUCUGGUCGGUGUAAUUAAGUUAUGAUUUGAUUAAUAUCUUAGCAUUUGGCUACAAGUCCAUCAACGUCAUCCGUGACCGUAAAGAUGUAGAUGACCUUAAGCAAGAGCUCAAGUCUCUUGGCGGAGACUUUGUUUUCACAGAAUCUGAAUUCAAAUCCAUCGGUCGAGACUUGAUUAAAAACCUUGACCGACCAUUAAAACUAUCGAUAAAUGGAGUUGGCGGGAGGAGUUCGAUACCGAUAUCGGCCAACCUCACCAAGUUUGGCACGAUGAUUGUGUACGGUGGCAUGAGUCUGAAGCCACAUGAAGUGCUGACUUCAUCCUUGGUCUUCAAUAGCAUCAAGAUCAUCGGAUUCCAGCUGUUCGAUUGGUUUGGCGUGGAUCAGAGUGACUUCAGGAAGGCUACGUACGACGAACUCACGGUAAGGAUCUGUAUUGAAAUUCGUGGAUGUUCAACUGUGUACUUUAUUAAUAGCAUUACGUCUUAGAUACAUAUAUUACUUUAGAAUAAGUAAAUUUUCGUUAAUCCUUGUUACAGAAACUGUUUCUGGCCAACAAACUCCAUCCAAGCCCCAUGGAGAAAGUCCCAAUGGAAGGAUUCAAGGAAGCUGUAGCCAAAACAAUGGCUGGCAGCAAUUUGAAACAGUUGUUGAUGAUCUCAAAGGAUUACUAUAGUCAAAUUUAA